GUCUCGAUAUUCCUACUGUACAAGUUGUCAUUAAUUUUGAUGUGCCUAAGGAUCCAGCUGAUUAUAUUCACAGAGUCGGCCGAACAGCAAGAGCAGGUAGAGGCGGUGUAGCGUUGUCAAUCGUUACGGAACGUGACAUAGAUCUUGUUCACAAUAUAGAAGCUAGAACAAAUAAACAAAUGGAAGAAUGGAAAAUUAACGAGAAUAAAGUAGUGGAAAGUUUAAACGAAAUUGCUACAGCAAAACGAGUGGCUGUGAUGCAUCUUCAUGACACAGAUUUUGGUGGUGUCAAAGAAAUUCACAAAAAGAAACGCGCAGUUUUAGAAAAUGGGUCUACUCAGUCACAUCACACUAACAAAAAUUCCCGCAAAAAAUCAAAGACAAAAUAA